AUGGAUAUAACUGCUAUUCAAGAAGUAAGAUGGACAAGUUCAGGGAGCUUGAAGUCUCAAGGAAUGACUCUGUUUUACAGCGGUGAGGAUAAACACGAACGAGGUGUAGGGUUUAUAAUUAAAGACAAUUUACUACCACAAAUUACAAAUUUCAAACCUAUAAAUGACCGUCUCUGUUACAUAGAACUUAAAUGUAAGUGGCACAAUCUGAUCCUAAUUAACUGUUAUUCACCCACUGAAGAUAAAAAUGAGGAGAUAAAAAAUGAAUUCUUUGAUAAUUUAGACAUGCUAUACGAUUCUUUACCAGCUGAUAAACCGAAAAUAGUGAUCGGAGAUUUUAAUGCAAAAAUUGGAAAGGAAACGAUAUAUAAACCAACAAUAGGAUCUGAAAGCUUACAUGAAGAAUCUAAUGAUAAUGGCUAUAGACUGAUCUCAUUUGCAGUUGCUAGAAACAUGACUAUAAGUUCCACAUGUUUCCCGCACAAGAAUAUUCAUAAACAAACAUGGAUUUCUCCAUGUGGAUAUGUAAGAAACCAAAUAGACCACAUAGUAGUUGAUUCACGGAUUAAGUCCUGUAUAAGAGAUGUAAGAAGCAUGAGAGGGAGUAGUGCUAUGUCAGAUCAUUUCCUCGUAAGAGCAAAAAUAAAUAUCAGAAUAUCUACAGAGUGGCGAAAGAAACAGAAACAUAAAGGGAAAAUAGAUAGAGAUGCACUGAAAACAUCAACUGCUAAAGUAUAUCAAGAAAAGUUAAUGUCGAAAAUACAGAAUAUACAAGAAAGGCCAAAUAUAAGUGAAAUAUGGAAAGAAGUAGAACAAAUAGUAAAAACCACAGCUGAAGAAGUACUUGGGUACAUACCAGAAAAAACAAGGAAAAUGUGGUUCAAUGAAGAAUGUAAAAGAGUUUUACAUGAAAAAGAUAGAGCCCGCAUGAAAGUACUACAUGAACCUAAUGAAGAUAACAAAAGAUUAAAAGCAAAUGAAGUAAGACAUGGAUACAAGCCCAGACCAAAUGUUAUGAGGAAAAGUGAUGGAACUCUUCUAACAGGCAACAAAGAGAUCGCAUGCGAAUUCAAAGAUAUGUUUGCAAACCUUUUGAACCAGCCAAUAAUCAAUAUCACUGUAAACGAGCUAACGACAGUAGAACAGCUACUCGUAGCCCCGUCAAAAAAUGAAUUAGAAAUGGGAUUAAUAUGCUUAAGAAUGGUAAAGCACCAGGCGUAG